AUGCUGUCAUCUGCAAAACUGCAACCAGCCCUGGAGGGGAGCCUCUGUCCAGGGCUCUACAUGCGUCGGCAGUGGCCUUCGCACUCACAUCCUUGGAGAAGAAAUAACAAUAGUCCUUUGGAAAGGCCUGCUGAUCAACCAACAAUUCUGCAGAAUCCAUUGGCCCUUCUAGAGCUCCUGGAGGCUGCAACCGUCAAAGAAAAGGCAGAGGCGCAGAGGGCUGAUGCUCAGGCAGCAGCCUCUAAGUAUGCAGAAGAGCAGCCGCUCUUUGGUGGAGAAAGCAGGGACAACAGCACUCCAGUUCCUGCCCCAUUAGGCGACGCAAGGGACCCAAGCCUGGCAUCUGCGCUCCGUUGGGCAGUCCAGCUAGAAAAUGGUCACAGCCAGGGCCUCAGGCCCCAGAACGAGACGUGGCUUCCAUUGGCCAAAGACCUUCCCUCUGCCACUUUGCACCACGCAAUCCUCCACACCCGGCUAGUGCAGCGCAUCCUUGCCAUCUGCGACGCCCUCUUGCAGCCUCUAGCCACUUCCGCCCCCACAAAUAGGCCUAGAACAUGGCACGCGGUGCGCAGGCACCUCUCGCUCGCCUCCCAGCUCAUGCUCUACUUGGAGGAGAUUCUGCUCCUUCAGGCGCCCGUCCACAUCGCCACAGAGGUAGAGUCAUGGCUGGUCCUCAUAGCCUCUCAGAUCGGGGCAGUGUACAGAUCGAUGCUCGAAAGCCUCCAAAACCCGGAACCUGUGGUUGACGGCAACGGGGAAGAGGGUCCGAGCGAGCUUCUCCUGGUCAACGAGCUUCUUGGAGUAGCCGAGACUGCGCGAGUGAGCCCGGUUGUGCUCGUGAACCUUAAGAUGCUGCUUGCCGCCACCCUCAUCGACACGACUGGGCGGCUGGAGAUGCCGGACUUGGAAACCUUGCUUGAGCCCGGCAGUGCGUUCUCAGAUGCGCACGAGAGUCUUCCGCACAGUGGGGAAGAGCAUGCAAGUCCCGGGGGAAGCUCUCCAGACCUGGGGCCAUCGGUGGUGUCCCUUGCGGUCCAGCUCAUUCAGGAAGUGGACGAAGAGCUGGCCCCUUCCGACCCUCAGUCCGGAGUGGAGCCAGAAACCGGGCAGGCGUCGGACACUUUGGCGAGCCUAGUGUCCAGUUUCGAGCCGAGACGCUUGAUUAGGCUGCCGCGGUCUGAGCCGUUCCUGGGGGCUUUUGAGUGGAGGAGGAAGCACAGCAGGGAGUCUCUUCUGGGGCUCAUCCUGCCCCCUGCUGGCAAAUGGCUGGACAGGCUUGUGGCGAUGCUUUUGGUGAAUCCAGAUCAAGAAGGGUACGGACCGGAAGAGCGGUCCGAGGUCAACGUGGGGCUUCCGGACGACGGCGGGGCGGCCUUCUCAAGGAGCCAAAGCACAAAGUCGGCUCCUCCUCCGAAAGAAGACAACCUCUUCGGCGACCUCUUCCAAGAGGCGAUGGGCAGCCGGGGGGUGAGUGAGGCCUCACACCGAGAGCUACCCGUGGACCUUCACCCCCCCGCCAAGGAAGUCAGCCACGGGGGAUGGGCAGAAGCGGCCAUCCAAGUCGCGCAGUUCCUGGGAGGCUGCGCUUUCGACAGCCGUUGGUGCCCGGCCGUCCUCGAUGCGUCGUGCUCGCUGCUGAGGAAGGAGCACCUCGCGGCCAUUGUGACGACAUGUGCGGCGAGCGGGGCGGGAGGCUUGGGCUCUGGGGCUCUGCGGGCGGCGCUGUGCAAGCUCGUGGAGGCGCUGACGGUGCAAGACGGACGCCUGGCCGAGACUCCGGGGUUGGUGCGCGAGCUGGCGGUGCAGUUGUACACUCAAGGGGCCCGGUCGGACGUCCUGCUUGCGAUUCUGGCCAAGUGGUUGCUCCAGAAAGACGGAGGCGCGGGAGGGGCGGCAGUCGCGAGCGGGGAAGCGGCGGACAAGGAGGCUGGCAAGCGGACAGAAAGCGAAGAGGCGCCACUUGAAGGGGACGGAGCGAGCUUGCGCGCUCUAGUCACUGCGAUCUGGGAAGCAGUAUUUCAAAGCAUCGGGUCGCUUGCUGUCAGCCCAAUUUCUGAUCAGCAACCCGUCGUUCUGGCAGACGCGGAAUUGUCACCCCUGGAGCACGCUCUUGCGUCCUUGCCCAAUCAGAGGCAGGUCUCUGUGCUCUUCCUCGGUUUCCAUCUCUUUGAGCGGGCAGACAGGGUAGGGCUCUUAACGGCAGCGGUGGAACACCUGAAGACGGCUGCAAAGGCUCUCAAGUUGCAGGCUGCCAGGCAGGCCGGGAAGAGCGGCAGCGGGGACAGCGCAACCUUCUUGGCAGGGCACCAGCUUGCUGUUUCUAGGCUGGUCCUUCUAGCCGGGAGCUUACUUGGUCAUCUAGACCGAUACCCGGGCUGGUUACCGGGCCAGCUUCAGAGUCUCCUAGAGCUAGCCUCCUCUAAGUCCCCUGGAUCUGUUAGCAAUCCAAGCUAUCUCUCCCUGACUGCGUCCCUGGCCCAGCAGAUCGGCGCAGCUAGCAAUAGCCUCCUCGCAGACAAAGCGCUCGCACAGAGCCUGUUCCUACUAGGCCAGCCCGAUGCCCCUGCUAGCGAACGCGAAGAGGAAGCAUCGCGGAGGGUGGCAGAAGGCGGCGCUCCGCCCGAUCUCGUUGCUUCCUUCUCGCGCUCCCUAUUGUGGAUACUGGCGUCCCCUCGUUUCCACUGCGGAAGCACAACCGAGCUUCUCAUUGAUCGGUACCUGUCUGAGGUGUGCUGGCGGAACCUGCGGUCGUGGCCUCUUCCCUUGCUUUCGGAGGCAGACUCAGCUGAAGCGACCACUCUCCAGCUGGCAGAGCUGCUCGAAGAAGCGAGGCCGAGUUCGCCACGGGAAGCGACGGUGGAGCUGCUCUCGUCCGUGUGGUCUGCAGUCAGGCUGGGGUCGGCGUCCGCCGGGCACGAAAACGACGCACUGGCAAUUGGCACUCUGACGGUUCUCGAAGCGGGGCUGCGGGAGCGGAAGGCAGGGGACGGAGCCAGACCCUGGGCGGCCCAGUGGAGCGAGUCCUUUGGGCAGUGGUUGGAGAGCAAGGAACCUGGCGCCUUCUUGCGGGAGCUGUGUACCCUUCUGGACGGUGCCGCAGACCGGUACGCAAGGCGCCUGCGGUGGUAUCUCGAGGGAUGUUACGGCGCGGAGGCGGCGCAGCUAGUGAUGGUUCUCCUCCGGGCUCGGCUUGGCAAUCGGGCCUCGUUAGAGGGGGCGCUCGUGAAAGGGGGGGUUAGCGUGAGCACCGUGAGAUUGAUUCUACAGGGAGGGCGCCGAUUGUUAGACGGCCUCUCACCAGCUUCUCAGCUAGCGGGGAACGCAGCGACGGACAGCUCUGUCAGUGAGAGGGUUGUGAACGGGGUGUUUCGAGCAGACUCGGAGAGGUGGUUGGAAGCGGCCUUUCUGCUGCCAGGUUUCCCCUCGACGGCUGAAGUGACCAGCGCCCCAGUAGCGUCCUCCCAGAUUCUCAUCGGUGCAAUUCUAAGCUGCAUGGAGGGAGUGCUCUCGCUCGACGAACCUGGCGAGAGCGGGUGGUCUGUGGUAGAAGAAGCCCUGAGCAGGGCGACCCUGACUGGGCUGCUGGACUCAGAGGGGGCGCUCGUGAAUCGUAUCUGGGCAAGCCAUCCUUCUUUGGAUGCGGAAAGGGCGACCUCGCGCGAACUGGACCACUCCGUGACGCUCUGCCAGACUCUGCUGCAACAGCGGGUGGUUGGUGCGCCUGGACAGCAAGCACCGGCACUGGCCCACCCUUCUCCGCCACCGCUCGAGAAACAUCUCGACACGGUUCUGGAAGCUCUGACGCUCGACCUGGCAGACAAGCUGGAGGCGCUCCUGGACGAACCAACGGGGCGAGGCCUAACCAUCCUUUUGGAGUACUUCUCUGGAAAGGCAGGCGAAGCGGGCGAGUCAGGCAGAGCAAGUUCUGCAGCCGCUACUAAGCCUAAUAGCGGGCACGAUGCAGUCGGCGCAGGGCUGGAGCCGGUCAAGGGUGAUCUGUCGUUCCUUCUGAGCGCGCUCUCAAAUAGUCCAAGCUCGUUGCUAAACGGGAGGAUUCUCGGCCUCCUGGUGAAGAUACUAAGCCCGCAAAAAGAUGGAGUGGGGUUCGGAAGCACAGCCGGGGGGCCUUCGGAGGCCAAGACGGAAACCGGGUCGCCAAGGGUUUUGCUUGCGGGGGCGAUAGCUCACCGUUUGCGGGCGGGCUUGUUGGGCAUGGGCGAAUCAGGUCUGGCCACGUGGCUGCAAGAGAGAUUGCUGGGCAGCGCUGGUGGGUCCCUUACGUGGCAUGUCCCGGCACAGCAGAGAGAGAGCGCCGGCCAGUUGCUGGAGGCGCUUGUGCACGACAGUCGAGAUUGCAGCGAGGACUUCAGUUCACAGCUCCUCACGGCCCUGUUGUCGCGCCUCAAGCCCGCAUACGCCACCUUCGAGGCCAAAAGCGUGGACGCCUACUUUGAGCUGAUCGUGCGCCUUUCCGCUGACCACCCCCGCCUCAUCCAGCGCACUCUCGAGGUCACGACGGACCUGCUUGACGCGUUUGCCCUCCAAGCCGGAUCAAUCAGCGCGGAGCAGCUAGGGCACGUGCAGAGACUCUUGGGUUUCCUGGGCGCCGUUCUUAAUUCGGCCGCCGCGACCUCCGCUGCGCAGCAGCAGGGCGUUGUGCCGUCCGCUCAGGAGGUCCUGUUCCGGCCGGGGAGGGCGGGCCACUUUGAGCGGCGCGAUAGGAGCGCGUCGCGGAACAGGGCCCCGCAGGUGCACGAGGCGAUCGUGGAGUCGAGGGAGGAGGGACGAGACGAGGUUGUGAGGGAGGAUUCGGAGGAUGAAGAGGAGGAAGACCUGAUCUCGUUUGGGGAGGAGGACGAGGAAGAGGAGGCUUUUGAGGGCGACGACGAGACGGUGGAGAUGGAGGAGGACGACUUUGAGAGCGGGGAGACCAGCAGCGACGACGAUGAUGCCAAGCUGUGCACUUUUGGCGCCAGCGGCAGCAAUUUCAUUGAGCAGCACUGGUACUUCUGCUACACGUGCGACCUGGUUAUAUCCAAGGGCUGCUGCUCGACCUGCGCGCGCGUCUGCCACCAGGGUCACAAGGUUGUCUACUCCAAAUUCAGCCGCUUCUUCUGCGACUGCGGCGCCGGCGGCUCGCGGAACAACCCCUGCCAGGCCCUAAGGCCCCGGGGGCCCCGUUCUGACACUUCCUCAAACCUGCGGGGCCAGUCUUCUGCCAGCGCUGCGCCGGCUGACAGGGCCUCUGCUCGGGGCCGCGCUUUCGGGGAGACUGCCAGCGACUCCGGGAGCGAGGCAUGGUACGAGCCGCAAGAGGCGUUACAGAGCGAGCUGUUCCCAAAGCUGAGGGUGGACUCGGGGGUUUUGGCGUUCCUGGAGGAGAAGGGGCUGGAGGCGGUUCUCCUAAAGCUCUGCGACAGCUUUGCGGACGCGCUGGGGCUCGGAAACGGCGGCCUGAGAGACGUCGAGAACGAAGCGGCGUUCGACUUUUCGCUGGCGGGGGGCUUGACGCAACGGAACGACAUUGUGACGUUCGCGCGGGCGCACAAGUAUGGCACGUUCGAGACGAAGCUCAAGAUGGAGUACUCUUCGGCGCGGGAAGUGAAAGCUGCCAUUGCAAGUGGAGCGAUCAGCAAGUCGCUACUCACAGUCAGCAGGAGGGGGAAGGUCGCGAUCGCGGAAGGCGACAAAGUGUCGCUGUUCGAGGCAGCCGUUCUGACUGCGGCAUCUGCAGACAAGGGCGCGCCCAAACCCCUCUCGAAGAACUCGGUCCGCUUCCAGAUCCUUAACCUGGAGUUCAACCCGGCCAACGACGCCCACCUGGUGGUGUCCGGCUUUGAAGACUGCCAGGUGUUCAUUCUGAACUCGCGGGGCGAGGUUACGGACCGGUUAGCUGUGGAGUUGGCCCUAGAGCCUGAGACGUUCGUGGUGCAAGCGAGCUGGGUGCCGGGCAGUCAGGUUGAGCUCCUGGUGGUGACCAACCGAUCGGUCAAACUUUACGACCUUUCCAAGGACAAGAUCAGCCCCGCCUUCUAUGUCACCGUUCCCCAGGAGAGCAUCAAGCAGGCGGUGCUAGCAAGGGACUCCGACGACCUGCUGCGAAUCAUCGUCCUCACCCAGCAGGGGGUACUUUUCCUGGGGAAGCUGUCCCCCCAGGAAGGAAGCCAGGGGGCCAUCUCCCUGACUGAGCGCCUGCAGCUGCCCCCCGAACGGCAAUGGCCUGGAAGCCGCGGCUGCUCUUUGUCCCACUUCCCCGAGCACCGCACGUUGAUCUCUUCAUACGAGGACGGUCAAGUGGUGAUCGGCCGUCUCGCCGACACUUUCACCUCCUUCGAAAAGGUGUGCUUCCUGUCCGAGAACGAGCGAAGCGGGAACCUGCAUUUCUGGCGGGCGGUGAGCGAAGCCUCGGGGGUGUACGUGGCAGUGAACAGUGCGCGGCAGGGGGCUGCGGUGGCAGUGCAGUUAGCGGAAGGGUCCGUCGGGACGCAGACUCUCCGUCAGGUUGGCGGGUCGUCUUUACUGAGAAUGGAGGGGGUUGCGACAUACGCGCCGCCAGGUUCGGGACAGAAAAGCUCGAUACUGGUUCUCAACGACGACGGGGGUCUCCAGGUGUUCUCGCAUGCGCCCGCGGAGGUCGGGGACCGGUACGGCGUUCCAGGAAGUGCGUACGUCCGGGGUAGAGUAGAGAGUUCGGACAGGCGAGGUCCCCAGCCGGCGGCAUUGGCAGCUUCUUUCCCCCUCACUUUCUUCGAGAACACCCAAUGUAUCACCCAGAGCGUAACUUGGGGCGGAGACCUGGGGGACUCGGACGCCAUCAAGCUCAGCCUGGCUGCCGAGGAGAGCUUUCUGGAGGCCCCCACCGCCCGGCCGUUCAAAAUCCUGGUGAACAACUCUGCGGCAGAGACGGUGAUGGUCGGCUGUCGGAUUCACGUCGGGGCGACCGGGCGGGCGAACGUGCCGAGCCAAGUGCAGGUCUUCGACCGCACUGUCGUCUUGGAAGAAGGGAAUCGAAGGUGGUACGACAUUCCCUUCACGGUUGUCGAGUCCCUCACAGCAGACCGCUCCUUCACCCUUACCUUCGGAUCCGCCCCCAACAACCAGCUUUCUCGGAUUGACGCCAUCGAGGUCUAUGCUCGCUCCAAGGAGGACUUUGGUUGGCGGGAGAAAGUCGAAAGCAUGCGGGAUCUGCUGCAGCAAAACCGGGCCGGCCCCAGCGCGACUGCUGCGCCCCCAACAGACGCGCCCGCCGCAGCGCCUGUGAGCCCGAUUGAAGAGGGCCUCUGCGCAGGACUCGAGGUCCUCGGCCUCUUCUACGGCCGGUCAGCCACUGGUGGUGUGAGUCCCGUCUCAAAGCACACCUUGUCGCCCCGCCUUACCGGGCAUGAUCAUUUCGAGGACGCCGUGGAGGAACAGUCGGACGCUUUGGACGACACCGCCGCCCCAAAUUCGGACCGUUCGAUCGACCCCUCCCCCGGCUGCCUCGCCCUUCUGGAGAAGGCGGUCUCUGCCAGCGAGCCACACCCCUCCGUCCAGGCUUUCGCUCAACGGGUCCUGAGCUCUCUUCAUCCGGGGCCCAGCGAACUGCAAAGAGCCAAAGACGCUCUCCUCAUGAGCGCGUUCGCGAAUUCGGUCGGCCCCUGCGCGCGUGCGCUCUCCCAGGGGGGCCACCAUGCGCGCGCCCGCGCUGCGCACGUUCUCGGCUCUCAGAUGCACUGGGCUUCCGAGAUUGCUUCGCAGAGGUUCGAGCACUUCCGGGAAGCCGUCGCUCGUCAGGGGCCAGGGUUCAGCGACGAACUGGUCGGUGCUUUUGAGGCGGUGGUCGGCAAGGAGAGCCUAGAGGCGACGGAGCUCAGCGCAUUGACAAUCGACCUAGUGGAAGUGCUCUGUGGCUGCGCCCAAGAGGCGUUGGCAGAGAUUGGAGAGCCUGCGGCCCGGGGAUCCCUGGGCAGCCGGAAUCGGGAGCUAGAGAGUACUGGGUCAGAAGACAGGGCUGCUUCCGGAGCCGCUGCCGGACCGACGGGCUCGGCUGCCUCCGUACAGCAGGGCUCACAGCCCCCCUCAGAGAAGGAGUCUCAGCAGCGUGAAGCGCAAACAGCUCGAAGCGGCCCGGAGCGGGCCGAGCAUAUACUCUGCGUGCUCCAGGCGCUUCUCUUCUCGCCGCAGGAGCCGGUCCGCUCUGCCGCAAGCGUGGCGCUCUCGUCGCACCUCCUCCAAUCAAAGCUUGCCACGUCAGCAACGCCCCUCCAGCCACUUGCGGAGAGUGGCCCGUCCCAAGUGGUGGAGAUGCCCGCACGUGCGGCGCAUGUGGUUGUAGACGCGGUGCAGUUCAGCUGCGACGGUUGCAGCGCGUGUCCAAUCAUGAGGAGGCGGUGGCACUGUACGCAGUGUCCCGACUUUGAUCUUUGUGAGAGGUGCUAUGAGGGGCGGGGCGAGCGGCGGUUUGACCAGCACCGACCGGAGCAUCCAAUGGUCUGCCUCCCCGUCGACGACCCCUUUAGCUUCACACCAAUCCCAAACCCCCGGAGCGUCGCCGAAGCUUCGAGCCACCCUCUGUCAGACAGCGGCGACGACUCAGACGAAGCCAGCGAACCUGCAGAGCCGCAGCCUGUCAGAUCCGCAGGCAGCCAGACAGCAGAGGCAGCUUCCUCUGUGGAGGGUCAGGGGCAGGGAACGGCCUAUCUUGCGAUAGAAGAGAUGUCGGAAGAAGAGCACUUGAAGUUGGCCCUGGAGCUGAGCAUGCAGGAGACGCAACCAGAUCCGGUUGCAGCGGCCCCCAAAGACGCUGAUGCGGGAAGAAGUUUGGUCGGUCGUCAGGCGGUUGCGGGAAGCGGUGACGUGACUGGUGGAGCAGUGGCGGAUGGUUCACAGGAAGCGGGGCAGGUGGGGCCCAGUUCUGCAAAUGGGGCCUCUCAGGAACGGGAAAAGGAACCCCCGGCCACCGAUCCUCGGGCCUUGUUCCGGAAAAUGCUGCUGGAGAGCUUUGCGUCUGACGUGGGCUGGAUGCACCGCUGCUCGGGAUUGGAGGCAGUCCCGAUCUUGCAGCUGCUGGCGCGGCUGGCCAGUGAAAGGGCGCCAGGUGGCACGCUGGGAUUGGACGGCUUCGACGUGCGGCGGCUCGUCGAGGCAAUGCUGCGGGAGCUCAACCUGGGGGUCUCGUUGCCGGUGGAGAGUCGGUCUGACUGGGGCGAAGUGGCCGUUCUGACGCUGAAGUUCUUUGCGUUUGUGCUGACGGACUGGGAAAGCGCCGAUGGAGAGCCUGGGACGGGGGUCGAGGGGCACAAACGGAAGAACCGUCCGGAAGCUCCGAGGGCAGCGGACGGUCCAAAAGAAGCGCUGCGUCAGCCCGGCCUGCUGGAGUAUCUGCUGAGCGUCCUCCAAAGGCUGGUGCCAGAGUUCGCAAAACCGAAGCGGGAGAAGAGUGGCGGGCCGGGGCACGACCAGCAAGGAGCGCUCCUCCACUCGCGCCACGACAAGACGCUCUCCAGCCUGCAGCCCUUCUUCCCGGACGCGUACACGCGCGCGCACGGGCGCGGCGUGUUUGCCGAGUUCCCUAAGCUCGUGCUGGGGGCCGCGUUGGAUCUCGCGGAGGCACUGACGGAAAGCGGAGUCAAAAUCGACGGCGGGGCUCUCGCCGGCAAGGACGGGAGUGCGCCGGAGGGGCCGUGGGCGGACGUGCUCUGCUCGUACAUCUACUGCUCGCAGACCCACUUCGUGCGAGACAGCGCACGGCACGUGCUCCUGCAGUCGUGCGGCAGGAACAAGCCGGCGUUCAACCUGGCGCGCGACAACUGGCUGCUGGGCAAGGAGCUGCAGCAGCUGCAGCGGCUGUCGGACAAGUCGGACGGGUUCCAGCGUCCGCUGCCGCACGACAAGACCGUCAAGCUGGUCAAGUGCCUCGGGGUCCUCGCGGAGACGGCCGAGAAGCGGCCCCGCAGCUGGCAGUGGUUCUGCUCCCCCGGCAAAACCCCGGACGCGCUCACGUUUCUCCUGCGGGCGUCGUAUCUUCUGGGGGAGGAGGCGGUGCUCCAGGCUCUGAAACUGCUGGCGCUGGCCCUGGCGGAGGAGAAGGAAGAGGGCGCCCCGCCGUCAGCAAGGCCUUCGGCGGAGUUUCUUUUGGGAAACCCAACCGAGCUGGACCGCUUCGUGCGAUUCUUCCUGCUCGACUUCGGAGCCAAAGCGGUCCGGGUCCAGGCACGCGCCGUGCUCCAAAACGCGUGGCUGCGGGCGGACUCGGACGCGCAGCGAGGCGUUCUUGUAGCGUCUAUCGUCAGUGCAGUUCCCGAGCUUUCGUCGUACGGGACCAACGUGCACGAGAUUUCCGGCCUGCUCAAGUGGCUCUUCGCGAAGGGCGCGGAGCGUGACCCGGGCGGCUGGAGCGCGGCGCUUACGCUCGCGGGCGUGUCGGCGCGCGUGCUCGACGCUCUGCGGGCGCAUAACCGGCUGCUCGAGACGCAUCCCAACGGGCGGGCGUACGGAACGCUUCAGUCGCUGAUCGAAUUCGACGGGUACUACCUGGAAAGCGAGCCGUGCACCGCGUGCAACAACGUAGAGGUGCCGUUCUCGAAGCUGAAGCUGGAGAGCAUCAAGCAGGAGACCAAGUACACGGACAACCGCAUCCUCGUGCGUUGCCCCAGCAGCUACACGCUCGAAAGUUUUUCCAUGGCCGUGCACGACGCACGCCGCUCCAAGAGCGUGAAGGUCCUCCGCUUAUACUAUAACAACCGGGCGGCCAGCGACCUGUCGGAGCUGAAGGGCAACUGGGCGCUCUGGAAGAAGGUGAAGAGCUAUCACUUGGCGCCCAACCAGGCGGAGCUGAAGGCGGAGCUGACGGUGCCCGUCACAGGGUGCAACUUCAUGUUCGAGUUUGCGGAGCUGUAUGAGAACCUGCAGGCCAGCAGCCUCGAGCACCUGCAGUGUCCGAGAUGCUCGAGGCACGUGACCGACCGGCACGGCAUCUGCCCACACUGCCACGAGAACUGCUUCCAGUGCCGCCAGUGCCGCAACAUCAACUACGAGAACCUGGACUCCUUCCUCUGCAAUGAGUGCGGCUACAGCAAGUACGGCCGCUUCGAGUUCAGCGUCAACGCCAAGCCCAGCUUCGCCUUCGAUGCGAUCGAGUCCGAGGACGAUAUGCAGAAGUGCCUGGCCGUCAUCGAGAAAGAGUCGGAGAACGCCCACAAGCAGUACCAGCAGCUGCUGGCCACCAAGAAGCCGCUCCUCCGGCUCAUCUCCAUGGUCGGGGACGGUUCCGGCGACCAGGACGCGGUGCAGGUCGCGCCCCAGGUCGCCGCUCCGUCCUCGUCUUCGCCCACCCUGAAAGUGAACCAGAACGUGGCGGUGCUGGGCGUCCUCUACGGGAACAAGUGCAAGGAGGCGUUCGAGCAAGUCAGCCGCAGCGUCCAGGCGCUGCACGGGGCGCGGAAGGCGCUCACGGCGUACCUGGAGAGGAGCUCGUCGAGCGCAGGCACGACCCAAGCGCCGGUGCUCCCGACGGCGCCCAAACGACCUCCCAGUCGCUGCUACGGGUGUGCCAGCACGUUGGUGACGCAUGCGCUGGAGUGGCUGCAUCUGCUGGCCGACUCUUCGGGCGAGAAGCAGAAGAUGGUGGAUCAAGGCCUUGUGCAGGAGUUGUUUGAGAGCGGCAUCCACCACGGCUCGCAGCAGGUGCGGUCGAGCACGCGGCUGCUCAUCUGUACGCUGGUGCGCGACAACCCGGCCGCCUCAGAGUCGCUGACGUCGCUGAUCCGGCAGCGCGUCUACUACUGCCUGGACCACCCCCGCACCACCGAGCUGGCAGUGCAGGCCAAGAACGACUGCCAACUGCUGCGAGACGCUUGCUCGCUCAACGACUCUUGCUGGGAGCCCCGCCUCAAGCUCGCGUUCGAGAUCCUCUUCAGGGGAGUCGAGGUGGGCACGGACAGCCCCCCCAUUGCAGAAAACGUCAUCCUGUCCUGCCUGCGCAUCGUGGCGCAGGCGUGCACUGUCCCAGCGGCGGGGUCCGGAAACGGAAACGGAAAGGGAGCGGACGCAGCGUCGAAGCCGGGCGGCUCCGUUGUGGGGGGCCUGAGCCAAGCGUUCAGCAGCCUGGGGCAGGCUUCGACGGCAGGGGGCCCAGACGGGCGGCGGAGCUUCGCGCAGGUGGCCUCGGGGGCCGUCAGGCAGGAGACACGUGGCGCGCAGUCAGCGGCCACGAGCUGGCCGCAGCCGGCACGACCGCCGCCAACAAGGCCCGCUCCGCUUGUAGUGGCCGCUGAGUCGCAGCCAGGGCCCCGUCUGGAGAGGAGCGAGAAGGGCGGCCUGACGGUCACCUACAAGGAAUGGUCGAACGGGUCCAUUAGUUUCGAGACCCUGGCCCAGCAGCAGCGCGGCAAGGCGGCAUCAGGCGCUACAAACCCAUCGGACGCUUCUAAUGCCCCGGCACGAGUGUCCACUCCUCUUAGGCUCGGAAGUCUAAAGCUCCGGCCCGAGGUCGUGACUAGGAGGGUCGUGAGCAAGUGGCGGGGUGCGCGGGCGCGCCGGCAGUUGGGCGCGCUCGAUCGAGACUCGUGGCUCAAGGGCCUGGUGCUGAGCGCCAGCAGCCCCGCCAUUCGGACGGAGGCCUGCGCCCUCGUUCGGACGCUGUCAGCAAGCGGGAGCCCGGCACGGAGGCUCAAGUUCCUCGACCUGAUGACGGAACUGCUGACGUCAGCACGCCACGCACGCGCCGAGGCGGUCGUCGAGUACUUUGAGCUGUACCGGGACAUGCUGGCGGAGGAGGACGGGCGGCUGUACCUCACCGUCAAAGGCUGGCUGCGCAGCGCGUGUGGGCUGAUCGUGUCGGAAGUGCACCGAAUCCGGGCUCAGGAAGGCAACUACCUGAUGGCGAACGUGAACGAGGGCUUUGUGCUGCAGCACGUUAUUGGGUUCCUGAGGAGCUUCCUGGAGAUCGGGACCAUCAGGCACAGGUUUGUGCGUGACGGCCUGCUGACGUCAUUGCUGGAGGCCCUGCUGUCGCUCAAGUCGCUGGUGAUCCAGAAGACGAAGCUGACCGCCAGCUGCGCGCAAGAACUCAGCGGCCUGCUGGAGAUGCUGCUCGAGACGGGCGAGGACACGCAGCGCUCGUUUGUGCGCGCAUGCAUGGGCGCGCUCGAGGCGCACGCCGGCGCCAAUGACGAGCACCGGGGCGGGCAGCGCGCCGCGACGUUCAUCAUGAACCAGCUGUGCGACGUGAUCCAGCCCGUCCGGCCCGAGCCCGUCUACCUGCUGACGCUGAACAAGGCCCACACCCAGGAGGAGUUCAUCCGCGGCGCCAUGGCCCAGAACCCGUACAGCAGCGCUGACGUCGGCCCGCUGAUGCGUGACGUGAAGAACAAGAUCUGCACCCAGCUCGAGAUGCUGGGCCUGAUUGAGGACGAUUACGGGAUGGAGCUCCUGGUGGCCGGGAGUAUCGUCAGCCUUGACCUCAGCAUCAAGCAGGUGUACGAAAAAGUGUGGCUGCGCACGCAGCAGGCCAUGGGGGUCCAGUCUCUGGCGGACUGCCCCCCCAUGUCGGUGACAUACCGUCUCCAGGGCUUGGACGGCGAGGCGACCGAGCCCAUGAUCAGCGAAGUGGACGACGACAGGGGGGAACAACUGGAUCCUGAGGUGGAGUUUGCGCUCACGGGAGAAAUGGAGACGUGUGGGGGGCUGGAACUGCUGCUGAAGAUACUGCGGGAGAGCCCCCAGGGGCGGGGCGAGCUGGGGGCGCUGCUGAAGCUGCUGGGUUUCUGCUGCAAGGUUCGGACAAACCGCCGGACGCUGCUCCGUUUGGACGCCCUCCACGUGCUCCUCGAGCGCGCGCGCGCUGCCGUCUCAGUCUCCUCCCCCGAGCAAGACGGCACGGCCGAGGCCCUGCUCGAAAUCAUCGAGAGCCUCGUCACCGAAGCAAACGAAAUGGCGGCUGGGGGGCUCGACAAUGUAACGCUCACUGCGCCGACCAGUGCGGGCGUUACGACGCCCCGUGGCCGGAGCUGGGCUGGCGAAGCCCGGGAGGAGGAGGCGGUGGCGGCUGUAAAAAUGUUUCUGGACAAGCUGUCGUACAGGCCGUCCCCGGUUCAGGGGGGUCGGAACGCGCCUGACAGCAGGGGGGGGAAGCAGAAGGACGUGAAGAGUCAGGCGGAUGCGGUGGCACGGAUCUUGCCCUACUUGACAUAUGGAGAACCGGCAGCGAUGGAGUGUCUUAUCGGGCACUUUGCGCCGUUCAUGGACUUCCAGGAGUUUGACCGGCUGUGUGCGGCGGACGGGAAGCAAGAGGAGGCCGCGUCGAGGGCAGCGGAUCACCGGCAGCGCCUUGAAAGCUUCGUGAAGGUUUGCGAGAGCAUCCGCUUGGACGCGAACGGCGACCUCCUCAAGUCGCUCUUCCUUGAACGCGGCCUCGUUGCCCGCGGCCUGCACUACCUCAAGGACGUAUUCCCACCCGUCACCUCCGCUGGCGCCGUGGCGCUGGAAAUACGCUCCGUUCCGGCAUUCACCGAGGCCCUGCUGCUGCCGAGCGUGCCCAUCGUCCUGGGCAUGCUGACCGGACUCGCGAAUGGGCACCCAUCGAUACAGGGCCUCAUGGAUCGCGACGGAGUGCUCCCGUUGCUGCACGCGCUGGAAGGAGUCUCGAGCGAGCAGAAAGAGAUCCGGGCGAAGGCCGAGGGAGUGUUGGACAUCGUCUCGGACGAGGCCUCAGGGGGAGCGCUCACCGCAACUGUGAACGCGCUCCGAAAGGCAACGAAAGACGAGCUGCGCGUGCGGGCGAUGAAGAGGCGCGAGGCGAUGCUGAAAGGGCUCGGGAUGGCGAGCGCGGUGACGUCAGACGGGGCGGACCGGAUCGUGGUUAGCGCGAAACCGAGCAUUGAGGGGUUGGACGAGAUGGAGGAAGAGGGCGACGACAGCCUGGCGUGCAUGGUUUGCCGGGAGGGUUACAAGCUCAAACCCGCCGAGUGCCUGGGGACGUAUGCCUUCAGCAAGCGCGUGAACGGCGGCGGGAUGCUGGGCGCGCGCUCCGAGUUUAUUUACACCACGGUCAGCCACUUCAACGUGAUUCAUUUCACGUGCCACGUGGAGGCCAAGCGCGCGGACUCGAAGCUGAAGACGCCCAAGAAGGAGUGGGAGGGCGCCGCGCUGCGCAACAGCGAAACGCUGGCCAACUCGAUCUUCCCGCUCCGCGGCCCUGACGUCACCCCGCAGAACUACUCCCGCUACUGCGACCAGUACUGGGAAAAUCUCGCGGCGUUGGGCCGGGCCGACGGGAGCCGGUUCAAGCUCCUGGCGCACGAUCUGGCGGCGCUGCUCGGGCGCUUCGCUUCGGGGGGGUCGUUUUCCGUGGACAGUCAUGGGGGGUCCAAGGAGAGCAACGCGCAGCUGCUGCCGUUUAUGGUCCAAAUGGGCGCGUAUCUGCUGGAGCAAGUGGGAUCCAGCCAGCGGCGAGCGCUCCGGAAGUCGCUGCAGGCAUACUUGGGCGUGGCGGAGACGAGCCGCACGCCGGGCCCAGCGACGCCACGCAGGAGCUCUUUCGCGGACGCUGUGCCCACCGGUCCUUCGAGCAGCACCCCCGAGCUCGCCUCCACUCCUGGUGGAAGCAGCCUCCCGCCCCGCAGCCCCGCGCCACCUGUCGCCCGCUCAUUGGACGAGAGCGUGCACCUGAUGCUGAUCCUGUCGCUGCUUCUGCAUUCCCUGAAAGAGUGGCAGAAGCACCGGCGAGAGUUCCUGCAGCGGGCGAUCCAUUUCGCCUACAACCAGACCCGGGAGAGCCGGCCCCUUAUGCCGGUGCCCCCAUCUCCGUCGCCCGGGGGAUCCCUCACCGACCUCUCCUCCCUCUUCACCGCCGGGCCCCUCGUCGUCCAGACGCCAGACGGCGGGUUUGAUCCCCGGGCGGCUUUCAAGGCGGUCAAACCGAUCGCGAUCAUGGUCGCCCUAAUUGACAAGCUGCAGAAGUUCUUCAAGAAAGGGGGGGCGGGAACUAGAGCGGGUGAGCAAGAGCCGCGGACGUGGGCGGCAUUCCCCGAGCCGGUUCCAAGUCCGGGACAAACGCCCGACGACGAAGAGCUGAGCUUCUCCUUCUCCCGGGGGUCCUCCACGCCUAGGACCCCGGGCGAGGCUUCCCCCCUCCGGCGGGGGGUAACCGAGGGCCGCGACUCCGGCGCUCAGAGGAGCCCCUCUCGGCGGCCCAGCAGCGAAGACUCGGGCGAUCAUUCGUGGGAGCUUGUCAUGAAAGAGAGGCUCAAUGAUAUCCCGGCAAUGCUGGCUUUCGCUAAGGAGUUCCAGGAACUCGUCGAGGACCUGCACGCGGCAGAGGACCUCAUGGAGCUGCUGGACACCGUCGACUGCCUCGGCGACAUCUAUGGCCCCGCAGGGGGCGGCUCGUGGGAGGAGUUCCUCGAGCAGACCGUGACGGGCGUCACGCCACGUGCCUCAUUUGUAUCAUGAGAGCGCGGACAUCUGGAAAUCCUUCAGACCGGCUUUAGCAUUUGCUAGCUCCUACUGUACAAAAUAGACUUGUCUUAUUGCAGCGAUACUAAAGACGUGCAAGUUCACCGAGCG